UACUUCAUUGUCAACGUUCAGAAUGAGAUGCCAAGCUUUGGGAGAGUGCAUUAACUAGCAUGCCCAGGGUACCGAACGUUCACUGAACUCCAUCGUCUAUCAUAUUCUGUUGCCCAGGCCUGAGGUCGUCCGGUAACCAGCUAUGUUGAUUUUGGGCUGUACCUGGCUGUACAGGUGUUGUUCGGAGCAAGCAAUAUAACACGUUCGCUCACGGUGGAUUCGGGGCAUGUAACAUUGUCAAAUACAACAUCGUAGCGUAACUCCCCAACUGACACGACUCGGAGCAGACCAUUACUCUUUACAGUACUCCCCGAUGGAUGCAAAGAAGGAUUCGACUCUUGUAAACAUAGACGUCGAACAUGUCGAGGUGGCUGGACCGUCGACUCUUCCUCCAGUACACACUACGCUUCCUCCACCCCCAGACUUUGGAGCUAGCGCAAAGGACCAGGCUUUCCCUCCAGAGUUGACGAACAUAGACUUUCCAGUGCCAUUUGGUGGCGAGGAUCCCCCUCCGGACUUCGCGCCUUAUGAGGCAGAAUACUUUGUCACCAGUAUUGGUGACAUUAUUUCACAUGACGAGCAUUUGAACGAGGAUGGUGAAGCUCUGUAUCGUUUCCUACUCUCACAGUCCCAGACCUACCCAGGGUUCUUUCUGGAUAUCCGAGGAAGUCAUAUCGAACAUCAUACACGUACAGUUCACUCUACCGAUAGCCAGGGCCAUAGUCACAGCCGUCAAGAACACUAUACCGAAACCGUCGUCGACUUUGAAUUCCCAAUCAACAUCUCUCAACACAUCAUUUCCGGACCAAUACACUGGAGCGUCGCUGACGAGGAACCUGCAUAUCGAGGAGAAAUGUUCAAAGAAGUCGAUGGUGUUUUUGCACCCGAUGAAUCUGACAUCGAAAACGGAUUGGAAUUCAGAUCGAGGAGAAAAGCGACCAAAGACGAAAUCUCCAGUGCGAAGGCUUGGGAGAAGGAAAGAAAGGCACGGGGUCUGCCUCCUUGGAUUGGGCCGGGUAUGAGUAUGGAAAGUUGGAGCGCCGCUGUCAGCCCCGAAGUCGACCCGUCGCAAACCAAUGUGCUCAAAUCGUCCAAGUCGUUGAGACAGUGGGCUGAUGAAUAUUGCGCUAGCAAGAAACACCUGAAAGAGUUCACAUACGAACGGUGUAUCUACGGCUGGAAUAUCUCUGCACUUGAACAGGCCGUUGCCGCAGCCAUCAGGUCGACUUAUUACACCGGGACCUACGAAGUGAAGUUCCGACGGACAGGUGCACACAUUUACAUUCGACCUGACAAUCACCUCUCACGAACGCUAUCAAACAAAUGGCUCAAGUUCCUACUAUGGAUUACACUUAUAUAUAUCUUCAUCUGGCUGUACAAGCGUUUCCUAGGUGGCGGAAAAUGGGAGGUCUGCGGUGGUGCAUAUGCUCUCAAACGUUGGCAGCCUGCCAGUACCGAUGACAACUCCGAUACCCUCCCACCUUAUACUGGCCCAUCCUGGGGAACAAACGGAGCUGUGGCUUCAGAUGCUAGGCACGCACCGGGCAUGACGCUGAUAGGGUUGAGAGAAGGAGAGUGGUUCCAACAGUGGGAAGGCACCAUUAAACGGGCUGUGAGCGGAAGGCUAAGAACCGAUGAGCCUUUACUUCUACCCGAUGACAGACCAACAGGUGGGGUAGCCUAUCUCUUGGACGGCUAUCGAGCGUAGAGGGUGUCGAUGAAUAGGGAGACAUGGGUAACUGACUAUUGUUACAAUGUGAAUAUUACAGUACAUAGCCUCUCUCAAGAAACAGAAGUGUAACCUAAUGCUUCCACUCUAUGCUAUUACUCGGCCGGACUUUCGACUGCUGGACACGAGGUUAGAGGGUUACAAAACGGUGCAAUUGAGGAUCAAUAGAUUUACGUACCUCGAG